AUGGGCUCCUUUUUCAAAUCACCUAUUGAUAUAGAGAUAUCGUUUGAUGGUGAAGAAGACCGUCGCCAUAUCGAAUUGAACAAUGGCAGUGGCAGUGGGUCCAAGACGCUUGUUGAUCGAUUGCCGGUGUAUGAAGAUGGGGAGAGUGUUAGUGGGAGCGCUACAAUCCGAGUGAAAGAGGGCAAGAAAAUUGAACAUCUUGGUAUUCGAGUGUCAUUGAUUGGAUGCAUUGACAUGUUGAGUGUUGGCGCAGGAAGCUCCAAUGGGAACCAUGUGGAAGGGAGGAAACGGAGUGUGGAUGAAUACCUUGUGUUGAAUCAAGAUGUUUGUAGUAGUGGUGUUUUGAGUGAGAGCAAGAGUUUUGAUUUCAUGUUUAAAGAUGUGAGUAAACAAUACGAGUCGUACCGAGGGACGAACGUCGAUGUGAAUUAUUAUGUGAAAGUGAGUGUACAACGGAAGGGAGCGGAUAUAUCCAAGACGAAGAAAUUCUGGGUUUGGUUGUAUGGGAAGGACAAAGGUGCUGAUGAGACGAAUGGUGGUAAAGCUAUCAAGUUGGAUAUUGGGAUUGAGAAUUGUCUACACAUUGAAUUCGAGUAUUCGAAGAAUCGGUAUGGAUUGAAAGAUGUCAUUGUGGGGAGGAUAUAUUUUCUGUUGACGCGGUUGAAGAUCCGACAUAUGGAGUUGAGUAUUAUUACGCGAGAAAGCAGUUUGAUGCAUGGGAAAAACAAGACGUGUGAUAAUACGGCAGUGAGGUAUGAGAUCAUGGACGGCUCGCCUGUGAAAGGUGAAACGAUUCCGAUCCGAUUGUUCUUGGGAGGGCAUGAGUUGGUUCCUACUAUGAGUUGUAAUAAGUUUACGGUCAAGAAUUAUUUGAGUUUGGUGAUUAUUGAUGAGGAUGGUAGACGGUAUUUCAAGCAGAGUGAGAUUGAGUUUGCACGGUUGAGGGGGGGUGAAGCAUAG